GGCAUUCGAGCUGCAUCAUAGUACGAAGGGAAAUUAUGAAAGCGAAAGGGAAAAUCUUGAAAUAUAAAACACAACAAUAAUACAAUCAUUUCCACUGAGUGCCUUCUUCCGCGAAAAGAACAAGAGAAAAGAUAAGAUAAAAAUGACUUAGCUUUAAUGGAGCUUAUAGCUAAAAUAAAAUUAUGCUCUUACAUGACGGCCUGCUUGAAUUUCAUUGGAUUAAUUAAAACUUAAAGAUAAAAAAUGUAAGCUGUAGCUUUGAACCCUUACACUUACUAUAAGUUUAAAGUUUAGGUUAUUUACAUUUUAUAAAAACACAACUAUGUUAGUAAAGUUAUAUAAUAAAUAAUAGAAGUAAUAAUAACAAAUAUUAUAGCAUACCUUAAAAAUAAUAUCAAUUACUUAUCGAAAAAUUAACUUCUUUUGAAAGAAUAGUCUACUUCCUAAUUAUUUUUUUAAAAUUAUUAAUCUAAAAAAAUCUCUUAGUAGUUCUAAAAAUGUAAUAAUCUGUCAACCGUAUUACUAUUGAAAUAAUCAUAUUUUUUUUUAAAUAAUGUAGCGAAUGUGUAGUAACUUCAAUUAUGCAUUAAAUAAUUUGAGUGUUAAUCUUUUCCUGUACGUGCUACCAUUAACUGGCAAUGUAUUUCAUUUCAACUUUACUUUUGUGUGUGUUUACGCAGUGCGGUGGUCAAUUGACUGGGGUAGGCUGAGUAAUUAAUUAGGUCUACUAAAUUGCCUUUGACUUUGUUAAUUUUACAAUAGAAUUCAUUUUUUUUUUUAUGAUUCCGUUGAUGAAUUUAUACUGUGUAGUUCGCUUUUGCUUCUUACUUGCGAUUCAUCAUGGCUCGAGAAGAGAGUCAACUCUUACUUAUUACUAAUAACUUAUUACUCUUACUCUUAGAUUCUUAAGUCUUACUUAAUUUAUAUUAUUAGUUUAGUGAUAUUAUUAAAAAAUAAAACACAUAAUGUGACAUAAUUAAUCUUCUCAUAAAACUUUUAAAAAAUUUAAAUAUUAAUAGUAAUAGGCCUAAAAUAGCCCUAAUUAAAUAUCAAAAUCUGAAUUAGUAAAUAGUUAAAUUUAAAUAGCUUACCGUUACACUUAAUUACCAUUAAUUCUGAGUUGUAAACCAAAUAUGGUUUAGCCACUAACAGCUAGCCACUAUUUAUAAGUGUCAAAUUUUCAAAUAUUAUCCAGGGAAAUCACAUCACAAUCCAGUCUUUGAGACUCCCUGGUAAAGAUGGCAUGUCAAAUUUCUGUAAGUUAUUUAUUAAAAUUCAAAGUCCUGUUAGGCCUAUAUUCUUAAGUUUAAAAACUGAAGGUUUGGACCAGGGUGUCUAAAAGGUAAAAGGCCAUUUAAAAUAGCAACUUUUAAGACCUUAGUGUAAGUCCUUAAGCUAAAGUUAUGAUUUUAAAAAUGUUUAACAACAUAUUUAGACAUAAUUUCAAUAAUAAGUUUGCAAAACAUAUUCAACUAGGCAUAGCCCGCCAAACAUUGGCGACGGCAAUGCAUGAACUUCCCAUCUACUAAAGUUACUUGGUAAAACAUGAACUCAAGUAUCGCACAUUUAUGAAUCCCAAUUUUUGCUAACCCACCCCCACACCACCACACCCCCCCCCAUAUGUCACUGCACACUUUUUUUUUGACACCCAUGAACUAUAUUAAAUAUUCUGAAGUCCCAAACACUUUUAAACUGAAUAUUUUUUUUACACCAUACUUAAAUUGAGAUGAUUUCAUUUAUCGAAAAAUAUUAUGCACCAAACGAAGUUGCGUUAUUAAAAAAUAUAAAUGAUUUAGCAUAGUUAUCGGGAACUAUAUUUAGCGCGCCAGUGAACUAUAUAUAGCCUGCGUGGUGGUGGUGUUUGACCUUUGCUGGUGAAUUAUAUAAUUCAAUCAUUUGUUAAAAAGUUAUUUAUUUAUUUUUUUAAAUUUCCAAUUUUUCACGAGUCUCCCCAUAAUAUUUUUCUUUCCAUUUUCUUAACAAUUGUUGUUUUUUUUCUUUAAGCUGUCAGCCUAAUGUUAUGCCAUAACUUAUGGUAUCAUUUUUACCAUAUGAAGAAUUGGACCUUAGACUUAAUUUAUUUUAAAAAUCACAUAUUUUGUUUUUUUUAAAGCUGGAUAAUACAUAAUUGUUAUAUCAGAUUUACAUAAGAUAAAAUCUGAAGAAAAUCUGAUUUAAAAAAAACUUGUUAAAAAUAUAAAACUUAAGGAAGAAUGUUUAAAAAUAUUUAUUUUUUUCUUUCCGAACAGCCAAAAGGUAGUGGAGAUCAUGCACGAACAGUUGCAAAUCACUACAAUCAGUUGGAAGAGGCUGGCCUUGCCCAGAGGACUCUCAGUCGCAUUUUCUACCUCAGAAAUUUUAACAACUGGAUCAAAAGUGUACUUAUUGGUUAGUGGGAAUGGGAUGUGAAAAUAAAAAGAAUGUUACCAUGUAUUUUAUGCAUCUUAGAUAUACUCUGUGUAUAUAAUAUUUGCAAUACGUAAUUCACUGUCAUUUGAAGCCCCUUAUACAUAUUCCCUAUUUUUUCACUUACCUUCAGUAGCUUAGAGUAUCCAUGGUAACUGUUGUUUUUUUUUUGGCUGCGACUAUUCGCACCUGAAUAUCAGAAGUGAGAGGUUGGGAUUAAAAAAACUAUUUAAAAUAUACGCUAUUCGGACCAGGGUCCCUUUAGACUAAAUCCCAUUCGGAUGUCAUUUGUGUAAUUUAGUUAAUAUAGUCCACUCAAUUAUCUUUCAUUUGAUACCUCAUUUUGUUUUACAAAGCCAACAAUAAUAUUUUAAAUAGCUUUUUAAUCCCAACCUCUCACUUCUAAUACCUGGGUGCGAAUAGCCCCUUCAGUUUUUUUUUUAAUCUCUUUUGGAUAUUACCUUAUUUAUCUCUUAAAGUAAAUAAUAAAUUGAAAUAAAUUUGUUCUUUAUUGAUGUUUCUGUAGCUGAAAACUUGAACAAGCUCAAGGACUCUGAUCCUCACAAAACUAUCUCAGUCCUAGAUUUGUGCUCAGGCAAAGGGGGUGACUUGUUAAAAUGGAAAAAGGGCAGGAUUGACCAUUUAAUCUGUGCAGGUAACAGUAAAUAAUAUCAUAACACUAGAUGGUUUGGGCUGUAAAGUUAGAGUUGAUGGUCUGUUGUUGUUGUUUUGUUUUUUUUUCUAUCAUUGUGAGUUACAAAAAAUAUUUAAAUUGUACCUUUUGUGAUUUCCAAUUAUGGUUUGGCAAGUUUCAAAUAUUGUUCAAUUAUAUUAAUAGCUAAUUAAUGUUGCGACUCUACCGCUAUGUACACAAUUUCUAGAGUUGAGGCAAUCACUUGAGUCAUAGAAAUAUGUUUUAAAUAUAUAAAACACCCCCCCCUUCUUUUUUUUUUUCCUUUUUAAACAAUUUUCUACAUCUAAAAGUGCUGAAAAUUUUUGAGAUAAUUCACUUCAUAAUCAGCUUUGUUUCAUGUGCAAUUAUUUAAAACUUUGACAGAUAUUGCUGCCACAUCUGUUGAACAAAGUGAAGUUCGCCACAAACAGAAUGUUCAGAGAGAGAGAAACAAAAUUUUCAGUGCAGAAUUUUUAGUUGCAGACUGCACAAAGGUGAUCUGGAUUUUCAUUUGAUGCGAUUUGUUUUUUAAAUUACAUACAAAUAAGCUAAUAACAUUAUUUUGGUGUAUAGCUUUUCGUCAUGCCUGACCCAUAAAAGUACAAAUAUUAUCUUAAUAUCCACCAUGUGUGCAAUGAACAGCAUUGCAUACACUAUCCGUUCUCAAGAUCAUCCAUACUCGAGAUUAUGAUGGUCACUAUAAAAAUGUAUCGUAACAAAAUGAGACAUUUUCUGCACUCACUUGGACGUUACAAAUAGCACUUGACCAAUUAUAUUUAUACCCAAUUUGGGUGCCUAGCCAAUCAGGAUAAGAGUGAACUUAAACCCAUAUUAAACCCUGAAACAUCUGUAAAGGGUACGUGUCUGUAUACUAAUACCAGGAAAUUGCUAGCUCAUAUACUUUAAAAACUGCUUUCUGACAAGAGUUCUGCUAUUAAAAAUUUUCGAGAUAACAUUCAGUGUAAUUAUGUCAAGUAGGCCCCACCAUUCUUUUUAUGGCUGAGGGCGUCAUCUAAAAGCAGCAUUGUGUAAUUGUACAAUUUAGAAAACACAUACAUAUACUUAAUAUUUUUCCCACCGCUUCAUGACUUUGUAAAUUUCAUUUCUGUCUCAAAGGAGCGCCUCAAAACAAAAUACAAGAAUCCCAAUCAGCGUUUUGAUCUAGUCAGCUGCCAGUUUUCAUUCCAUUACUGCUUUGAGAGCUAUCCACAGGCCAUGAUGAUGCUUCGCAAUGCCUGUGAGAGUCUCAGGCCUGGAGGUUAUUUUAUUGGGACCACACCAAACUCAAAUGAAAUAGUGUGAGUUGGGAAAUGUAUUGCUUUGUUUAAAUCUGUCAAACAGUGACAUGCCUUUUUCCAUUAAUUCUUGUGGAACGAAUAUGUUAUUUACUAUCAAAUUUAGAGUAUAAACUAUUUUUACUUCAAACUUUGCAAAUCUAACCAAAAUUUUCCCAUAAUCUCUUUGUAGAAAGCGACUAAGGGCAUCUUCAGACAACUCAUUUGGGAAUGAUGUCUACAGAAUUUCAUUCCCACAAGAGGACAAAAAGACAUUUCCCUUGUUUGGUGCCAUGUAUAACUUUCAUCUUGAGGGUGUUGUUGAUUGCCCUGAAUUUCUUGUGUACUUUCCUGUUUUGGAAAAGUAGGUUAUCUUGUGGUUUUUUGUUCUAUUUAUGAUUUAUUUUCUACCAAGUUUUCUUUAAAUUAGGUAGUUUUUUCUUUAAUUAGAAAGUGGUGUUGGAGACAAUUCCUUCUAACCAAUUUACAUUUUCUCCUGCUCUAACAGACUCUUAAAUUAAAAUUAUUUCUUGUAGGAUGGCUGCACAGUUUGGAAUGAAGCUUGUAAAAAAACAGACGUUUGCUGAAUUUUUUAAAGAAAAUUUGAAGAACAGAGAAUAUCUGACGUUACUGAAUGCCAUGCAAGCCUUAGAAGUAGGUUGCAUUUUAAUGACUAGAGCGCAUAUUGUUUCUGUUGUUUUAUUGAUGAUUUGAACUCCUAUGAUAAUUUGAUAAUUUUCGGAUAUACUUGAAUUCUGAUUUUGCCAAGUUUCAAAUGUUGUGUAUGCCAGAUUUCCUAUGUUGUUUAUAAGUUUAUGUUAUAUGUUUUUUCCUAUGUUAAUAUAUUCUAUCUUUUUUUCUUCUUAUUUUGUUUGUAUUUGUAAAUUUGACUAUUGCUUUCUAGUCGAGCCAGCAAGGCCGCUGGAUUCAAUCAGUGAGGGAGAUGUCGCAGUGUGCCUCUGUUAGGAGAGUACACUCUCUUGUCUUGUUCCUAUCGGUGGCACACUGCGACAUGCCACAUAUACAUAUGUUUCUUGACCACUAUUUUCAUGUAUUAUCUUACACAAGUCCCUAAUAUGAUUGAAAAAUCUCCUCUGCUUGAACUUAGUGUUGUUAUGUUAUGUUUUUUCAUUGAUGGGUUAGUAGCACUUACUGCACACUCUAGUGUACAAGUGUUAUUUUCAUUGAUGGGUUAUUCUAUUUAUUGUAGUUUUUCAGCUUAUUCAUUCCUAACUUAUGUUAAUGUUCAUAAAAUUGUAAUGAUGCCUCUCGUGUUAAAGUAAAGAAUGAUAUUUGUUUACAUGAUCACCAGUGUUCACAUUGUUUGAUUCAUAUAUUUCAAAAUUAUGAAAUCACACCAAAAAAAAAACUUGAUAAGCAAAAGUGAAAUAACAUCAAAGUCUGAUAAAGCAAAUGUGUGAUUUAUGUUUGUUCACAGCCCUUCCCACCAAUUGAAGGCACAGAAAAAAUGAGCUCAAAACUUGAAGACUAUGAAGUGGCAAAAGAAUUUCUGACAUCCAUUAGUGAAUCUCAACAGACAGAGCAGGAGGACAGACAUCAACGACCGCAGAGAAUAGUAAGGAGAUCAAGACAACGGGAAGCUUAAAGUGAAAUAAGUUGUAGAUACACCUGAACAAAGAAGAUUUUUAAAGAGAGACAAAUGUUGAUGGGAAGGAUGAAUUGCAUUCUUGAAGUGAUAAUUGUAAUUUAUAACGUUCACAGAUGUUGAUGUUUUAAUGUUAGAUAAUUACAUUUUUAUAAAUGAAUGAUUAAAUGUCAUCUGUUUUCUUUCAGGGUACUCUUUCCUUGGCUGAGUGGGAAGCUGCAAGUAAGUACAAGUUUAUUUGGAGUUAAAUGUGUCAGUUUUAAUAAUCCAAUUCUUCUGUAAUUGGUUACAAAAUAAUAAUGCUAAAUAGUUCUAAAUAUUAAUUUGAUCUUUUGAAUAGGGCAUUUUCUUAAGUUAUUUUUUUCCACAGCAAAUACUGUCUCUUUGACAGAUGUAAAUAACGAUGCAACAAUUUAUUGAUGUUCAGUGUUGACAUACUGACAUUCCUAUUACACUAUUUGCCACAGUUAAUUACUUUGACCCAUUCAACUGUUACUCUGAUACUUCUGAUAUUGUUUCUUUCCUCAGCCGUCUACCUUGUUUUUGUAUUCCAAAAAAUUGAAGACGUGACGCCAUCUGCAGCCCCAAGGUCCCAAUCUCUUCAACCAGAAACCAUCAUAAAACCACCAGAGAAAUCUUGACAUUUCAACGUCUAAAUUUUAAUGUUGUCCAUGAGUUGUCUUGUUAAUUGACUUAAGGCCAUAAAACAGCUUCCAUGUUGAUGUAUCAGUUAGGUGUACAUAAUGUGAAUUAAGAGAAGGGCCCCGUCUGCAUAGAGACAAGCUUGAAUGACAGGACAUUGAAACUUUGGGCUGAGUGGUAUUCAACACCAAUGUCAAAGUUACCUUAGUCCCAGUGGUUGGUUGUAUUUCUGCUCAAAUCAAAUUCAACUACAUUUACUUGUUCCUGCUCUGUGGACAUGAAGCCUUCUAAUCAAAAGAUCAAUCUAUAUUCUUAAGACAAUUUGGCUUAUUUUCUUCUUUCAAACUGCAGAUUUUCUAAUUUAUCCAUCAAGGCCUCAGUUAAAGUAAAUUUUAAUUUCUCAGAGAAAUAUUUAAGACUAAUUUCACUAUUAGAUCAGAAUAUAUCUUUUUGUUUCUUUUUUUUUUAAAGCGUAAGGGGGCUCCAUGUUGCAGUCAGUUGAUGAAAUACUCCGAAGACUGUGAUCGUUUGCACACUUGGAUCUGUUUGUGUUUUGACAUGCUAUCUUAUUAACAGGAAGACAGCAGUCCAAUUUUUAUUUUUAGACACAUCAUUUUCAGUCCUUGCACAAAUAAAAGACAAGGGCUAAGAAGAACACUAGAAUCUUGCUACCCAAUCAAUAUAAUAUAUCAGAGGACAUUGUAGUGAAAUCUUUCCUCUGAAAUAAAAAUUGAAAUAAAUCUCAACUUGAAAGAAAAUUUAAACAACUUAAUAUCAGAAGAUCUACUUCCAGAUUAAAGAUGUUGAAAUCACAUGUUCUCUCAGACAUCAAUCAUUGAUGUGGGUUUUUUGGCAUGAUCAAGCAUCUAUUAAAAUUAAUAAAAAUAUCUCUGUACUAUUUGUUUUCUUCGGUGUGCUUGUUUCCUUUGUAUCCAAAGUAUAAUUACAAACAUUUUUGUAAUUGGGGGUUUUAUAAAAAUAACAUUUUUUAGUAGUAGCAGGAAAAUGAUAG